AUGAUCAAAAUCGUAUUGUUCUUGGCUACUGCUGCUGGCUUGAUUCACGCGCAAACGGUGCUCUAUCAAUGUUCCAUCUGGGGUGAUCCUCAAUUGGUUCAAUUUCCGACGAAUACUCUACAGAGUGCACAGCACAGUUUUUGUUCAUUCGAUGGUCACGCAGUGUUGUAUCGGUCAAAAUAUGUGCUUAUUUCUGUUCGCAGUGCUCGGCACGGCGAUUUGGUGCUCGACUUCAAUAUUAUUUUUUUUAAUAAUGCUUCUGUGCCAAUCUGCACGGUGAACGCAUUGGAGUUCAUCACAGGUGAACGAGUAUGUGAUACGGAGAUUGUUAUUCAGAAAUCGAGUUCAACAGACAUCAAUGUUCAAUACAAGCAAGCUCAAUUUUCAAUUUGGAUUCAACGGAGAUCUGGCAAUCAUUAUAAGAUCACAUUAUUUACGACACCCGCCCAUAUCAAUGACGGGCUCACUAGUGGAAUGUGUGUUCAGGGAUGUCGUUCAAGAAGUAUUCAAUCAUUGGCAAUGGAACGCACAGCCAACAUGACCGAUACACAAAUUGUCACUAGUGUAUUAGCAACGAAAGUGUGCGAUUUAUUCAUCUCUCAAUCAGUGAAUAACUUUCUGCGAACAACUCGUUCAUCGCCUGGUUUUGUUGAAGCUGUACGACAAGGAUGUAUCAGUGAUGUUACUCUUACUGGCGAUUCACGAUUGGCAGGCGAAGGAAUCGAGAAUAUCUUUGCUGAUGCCAUCAUACAACAAGGAACUGUCUCUGUUGAAAACAUCAGUCAAUUGACAACGAAUAUUUCAAGUGUUGCCACACAAGUAGUUCAACAAGCUGAAGUUGAAACUGAAAAACUCGUCGCUUCUGCAACAUGGCCUUGCCAACCCGAUGUACCAGUCUUACAUGAUAUUGGCUGCGAAUCUGGAAAUGUGACACGAGAUCUUUCUAUCUUUUUUAACAAUGCUAGAGGUGUCGAUCCAAGUUCAGAAAUGACUGCUUUUGCACGAAAUCAGAAUGGAAAAACCAAGUCUGGCAACGACAUCAACUCACUGGUUCGACAUACCAAGGACCGUUCGAAUUGUUGUCCUAUCUUCGCUCAAGAAAUAUGCAUGACAACCACAUCGGACUUCGUUCGAUACGAAUGGAAUUGUGAUGGAGUAUUAACCAACGAUAAGAACUUUUUUGGUGAAAGUGAAUACUGUUCCUUAGACGAUUCGGAGAGAACUUUGUCCACAGCCAGUAUGGUUACACGUUGGAGAACAGCAAAUCGAGAGCUUGCAAACACCGAGAAUGACUGUAUGUGUGAAACCAUGGUCAAAUUCAGUGAAGCUCUCGGUAGACAAACUCCUUUGUACAAGGUAUGGGAACUGUAA